GAGAAUCUUAUAGAACUGUAUAAAAGGGAUUUAAAAAGGCACAGUGAACCAGAUUACCACAGCAACCAUUCUUCUAGUGAACAGAGAGACUGUGAUGAUGUGGAGAUUAACGUGUGUCACGUUGACCCUGCUCCUGUGUGCCAAAGGUUCACUUUCUCAGUUGAGCGCUUGUGGACAAGCUCCUCUAAACACCCGUAUUGUUGGUGGUGUGAACGCACCUGACGGGUCGUGGCCGUGGCAGGUCAGUCUGCACAGCACCAACUUUGGAGGUCAUAUUUGCGGAGGCUCCCUCAUCAACAAUGAAUAUGUGCUGACAGCAGCUCACUGUUUACCUGGUGCCAGUGCAUCCAGUCUGCGUGUGUAUUUAGGAAGGAGGACACAGGGAGGAUCCAAUCCCAACGAAAUUAGCAGAACUGUGAGAACGAUAAUCGUGCACCCCUAUUACAACAGCAACACGAAUGACAACGACAUCGCUCUGCUCCGGCUGUCUUCCACUGUUACCUUUAAUAACUACAUUAGACCCGUGUGUCUGGCGGCCCAGAGCAGCGUCUUCAGUGCUGGCACCAGCAGCUGGAUCACAGGCUGGGGAGAUAUUCGAGCUGGAGUGAGUUUACCUUCCCCUGGGAUCCUGCAGGAGACUGUGGUUCCAGUUGUAGACAAUGUUCAGUGUAAUAAUCUUCUGGGUUCUGGAUCUGUUACCAGCAACAUGAUGUGUGCUGGUUUACUACAGGGAGGCAAAGACACCUGUCAGGGUGAUUCUGGUGGUCCGAUGGUGAGCAGGCAGUGUACAGUGUGGGUUCAGUCUGGUAUCACCAGCUGGGGUUAUGGCUGUGCCGAUCCCAACGCACCUGGUGUUUACACCCGCGUGUCUCAGUAUCAGACUUGGAUCACCAGCCAAAUUAGAACGAACCUGCCGGGAUUUGUCACCUUCAACCCCCCGACCUCAUGCUCCUCUGCCAGCCUAACCUCAAUCUCCUGUAAGGGAAGAUGCAACGAAAAGUACAACAGUCGCUUUCGCUGCAACUGCAAUACUAACUGCAGUAAAAACUGCUGCACAGAUUACCAACAGCGUUGUACCAUGUGAGGUAUGUCAUACGUCGAUGGAUUAUUUGAAAACAGGCUUAAUCACGUCUUUUGCACAUAAAUCAGAUGAUUUUUUAUCUGCCUUAUUCUGCAAGGAGAUUUAACUUCAGUGUAGGUUUGGAUGCGCUGCACAGAGUACCAAUGCAAUGAGCCUGUCAAAAAACUACUGCACUGACUUCACUCAGGGGUGUAAAUGCGUAUUAACAAAGCAUUUACCUCACUCCAUUAGUAGAAUCCUUGUCUCUUUUGUUUUUCUUUUUUUAAAUCUAUCAUGUUACAAACAAGAUUAAAUGUAGGCACAUUCAACUUUUUUCAUUUAGCAUUUGCACUUUUCUUAAUUAAAAAUGUAAUAUAUUAUAUGAUUACUUGAAAUUUUAGACUGAUCUUUUUCUUUUUGAACACUUACUUUUGAACAUUUACGUUUACAUUUAUGUAUUUAGCAGAUGCUUUUAUCCAAAACGAUUUACAAAUGAAUGAGCCCUUUCUAGCUGUACUUAUCUGAACAAUGCCUGUUAUAUGGUAUUACGAGCACUUCCUAAGUCGUUUUGCCUCUUUAGGACAAAUCGCUUGAUGUAUUCCCCACCUGUAAGUCGCUUUGGAUAAAAGUGUCUGCUAAAUGAAUAAAUGUAAAUGUAAAUGAGGAACAAAGCAAUUCAUCAAAGAGCCAACAAUAGUUGUAGUACACAAUACCAGAUUUAUAAAACAACUAAAUUAGGAAACCAGCUAAAGAAAAGAAGAAGUACAGAGAUUGUGUGUGCGUGUGUGUGUGUGUGUGUGUGCAUAUGUGCAUAGGUUUAAGAGUGUGGGCUGGUUAACUUUUUUUUUUAUUAUGUAAUGUAACUGUAUUAUGAUAUGCCAUGGCCUUUAUCAGAAUCAAUAAAUACUUGAAAACUG